AUGGGCAAAUUCGACACUCCGCCUGCGACUGAACCCAACGCCUCGUCCUCGAUAUCGUUGCAUUCCCAGCCAGGCAUCGCCCCGCCGCAGCCACGCUACUUCGACGACGAUCCCUCCGAAAUCCAGAACGAUGACCUGCCCCCUCUCUACAGCGACCACGAGAACGACGCCGUCGCGACUGAGGAUCCUCUCCUACCCGCUGGCACGCAGCCGUUGCAAGUUCAGCCGUUCAAAGUCAACAAUGGCGUCGAGUACUACAUCGACCGCCGCCUCGACGCCGAUCCCGUGUUCCUAAAGGACCAUAUCGAUCGACUCGCCAUCAUUCCUCCCAGACCACACGUGCACAUUCGAGGCACUCACCACUCUUCUGCGCGCAAGGCAGACGGCAAGACAGAGAGGCGGGAGAUUGUCGAUUUCGACAUUCACAUCGAGCUCACGCACCUGCUGUACGAGGAUAUCCAUUCGAGGACGCCGUUCUCGCACGAGACCGUCACAGCAGGCAACUUUGAAAAGGUGCGCCGAGGUACCAUUUGCACAACGCGAGCCCCCGGGUUUGGUGGCUCCGGCGGUGCGGCUGAAGAGGGAACACCCGACGUCGCAGAGUGGUGCCGCCGGUACUGCACAGCCAAGAAUGGCCUGAAGAGCUUCAGUCUCGAGCGUGCGGUCUCAGGUUGGGACUUUGACGCGCUGCAGACCAAGUUGGAGGGCCUCGUGCGUAGCACCAACUACCGCGGCAAGCUGGAGGUCAGCUUCCCCGUCCAGAACGGCAAGGUCGAGAUCUACAACGAGUGUCGCACCAACCGCUGGCGUCUGACAAAGUGGAUCGAGAUGAUCUUUGUCCUGACGCUCAUGUUCAUCUUCUCUUGGCCAUGGUUGUACUUCCGCACCGCCAAGUGGGAGGUUGUCACCGCACAGUGGCGUUUCAGCGUAACGGAUGCGCAGGGUCGAAGGCGAUACGCCACCGUGAGUGAGGACCGGUGGUACAACAUGUGGGCGCGGCCCAUCUCGAGGGCUGUCCUGGGCCGCAGGCAGGGGACUUUGGAUCAAGGAGACUUGAACCGGGAAGAUGCCCCCCGCGAAGAGGGCUUCGCCGGGGUGGUGCAGGCUGGAGUGGACGCUAUGGGUGUUGUGAAUAGGUCCUUUGGAUGGGGUGGCAAUGAUUCGUAG